AUGGAUCCCGCUCCUCUUCAGAAGCACAUCCUUGGGUGCUAUGAGGCUCGGGAGAAGGUUUUGGGUGUGUUCUCCGCACCGGAACUUUCAACAACCCCUCUGGUGCCCAUCGAGCUGGAGCAGGCUGAGGUCUGCCACUCUGGGGUGUUGUCCUUGGUUUCCACGCCAAUCUCAGAGCCUGCUGAGUUGGCCACCGAGCCUGAGGUGAUCGAUAUCAGCAUUGUGGACGCUCCAAGCUUGCUCGACAAGGAGCUUCCUGUUGUCCUCUCCCCCGUGAUUGGGGUUAAGUAUGAUGAGCCUACAGCCGCGGCUCCAUUUGUGGACGAGCUUGGCACUGUCAUGCCACAUCUCGGGUCUGGAUCUCCAGUGCCUGCGGCCCAGCCCAGCCUGGACAUUGUGCCCAUGGACGGAGGGGUCGAGCAAGGAGUUGAGCCCGUCGAACAGCCAUUUAUGAAGGUCAUCUCUGGUAGCUUCGAGCUGCCUGUCGCUACCGAGCCGAGCGCUCCGACUGAGUUUCAAACCGUCCCGCCCGCGGUUUCUGCCGUGGCCAAAGAGACUCUCAGCUCCCCCAUCCCUGAGCAGCUGCUACUGUCGUUCCCUCUUACACCCCAGCAGAGAGGGGCAGCUUCUGCAGGAGCAACUUGA